CAAUACGGUACAAUGACGUGCAUAAAAAUGUAUUUCAUAGGAUUGUUCAUAUCAGUCUCUUUUUUGCUGAUAAGAAUUACUUCUAAAGAUUUAAAGCCAGUGGAUCCACUUUGCGCAAAACCACAAGGACACACUCGAUGUUGUGCUGGAUAUAGAACAAUAAUUGAUAAGUGUUACCCAUGCAAUGGAUCAUUUGGAAUUGAAUGCAGCAAUACAUGUCCAGCGGGAUAUUUUGGAAAUAAAUGCGAAGAAAAGUGUAUUUGUGACAGAUGUGAUGCAAGAACGGGGGAAUGUUACAAUGAAACCACAUCAAUCAAUAAUAGCCAAAAUGGAAAGGAUAAGGAAAGGAUAUUGAUUCCAUGGACAGGGAUCCUACUAGGGCUAUUGGGAAGUAUAGGAUCCGUUGCUGUUCUUUUCUCAGUUCUUUUUCUUAAGGAAAGAGAGAAACUUCUACGAAGAAAGGCUAAACAAGAUGAAGACACAGAAGGGAACGAAUAUACAGACCAUGGAUUAGAAGAAGACAAUUAUGCCAGUGUAAGAGAGUCUCGAAUGGUUUUGGACGAAGGAGGGGCUUGUGGUGGACUAAAUAUGUGUAAAGCAUUGGAAGAUGAUUAUAAAGAAAAGACCUGGACAAUGCUUAACCCGUAUGAUGGAUUAAGUUUCAACAUAUCAUAGAACUGGGACGAAAUAUUUUAGAAAUAAUG